CAAUGAAAAUGACUUGUCAAUCUUCAAACACAAAUACAAAAAUUGCACUCCCAUUUCCGCCAAUUAUUAAGGCAAUCGAUAUUGUAAAUAGACGUAAACCUUCUAGAUUCAAGUCAAAAAGUCCAAACGCAUUUUUAAUUUAUCGUAAAGCAUUUUUAAACGAACUCAAUCGACAAAAUCAUAAUCUUAGAAUGACUGAUGUUUCUAAGCUAGUAAGCAAUUAUUGGAAAGGUGAACCAGAUAAUGUAAAAGAUGCCUAUCGUAAAAUAGCUCAAGAAGUAGAAGUUGAAUUAAACGAAAAACGUAAAAAAACCGCAUCAUACAAAAUUGUAUGGAAAAAUUCUAAAUAUUCUUCUCGCAAACGAAAUCAAUGCGAAAAGAUAAAGAAAGAUAAAUCCGAAGUUAAUACAAAGUUCAGACCGGCCGUUUCUUCUAAUGACAAGAUAUUUUAUCAAUUUGUACCCGUCGAUACCGAAUUUACUUCAAAACCAUCAAAAAGGAACAAUAAAGAAAAUAAACCGUCUUCCGUUGAACCAAAAAUUCCGUCGUGUAACAUAUCGGAGAAUCCGAAUUCUCAAAACAUCGAAUCAAAUUAUACUCAAGAAUCGAACGAUAUUUACGAUAAUCCAGAUUUGGAUUUGAAUCUUAACGUUAAUCAAUUUACGCCGUCUUAUAAUAUACAAUUCGAACAAUUUGAGGAAAAUCCCGUAACAAACAUAGAAGAAUACAUUUUCAGCGAAGAAAAUGUCGAUCAAUUAUUAUAUUUCCAAAAUUUCCAAAAUUUAAACCUUCCAUAUUUUAACCCACCACCUUUAUAUAUGUAAGCUUAUUUACUUUUAAUUAAUA